GUCACCGCUUGGUCCUGUCAGAAAAUUGGACUUCUAAAUAUUUUUGUUCAAGAAAAGUACUUACAUUUCCUUUAUCAAAAUGGAAACUAAGGCUGAAAUAGAUAAGUUCAACAUGUCUUACGUGUUUAAAUUCGAAAAAACUUUCGACGAAGGUGCUUUCAAUACUUACAUGAAGGAGCACUGGGCUGACAGUGUGAUAUACGCCACUGUGUACAUCAUUGUCGUGUUUGGGACUCAGUUUUACAUGCAUUCAAGAAAAAAACUGGAACUAAGACCAUUCUUAGCUUUCUGGAGUGGACUGUUGGCAAUAUUUAGCAUCCUCGGCUCGAUUCGCACCAUGCCGGAACUUAUUAUUGGCCUGAAAGUGCAUGGGUUUGAGUACUCGCUGUGCAACAAUUCAUUUGUACUUCAAGGAUCUAUCACCAGUGUUUGGACCUGCAUGUUCACUCUUUCUAAGGUUCUAGAACUCGGAGAUACAGUAUUUAUAGUUCUUCGUAAGCAGCCCCUGAUAUUUCUUCACUGGUAUCAUCACGUAACAGUUUUGAUGUACACCUGGUUUACCUACAGUCAGCAUGUCGCAGCUGGUCGCUGGUUCAUGGUGAUGAACUUUGUCGUUCAUUCGUUCAUGUACUCCUACUACUGCUUCAGAGCGAUGAAAUAUUCGUUCCCCAAAUGGGUCAACAUGUUCAUAACAUCUCUCCAACUCCUCCAGAUGUUGGUUGGAAUCUGCGUCAACGUUGUUUCAUACCAAAUUUUAAAUGAGGGCAGAGAGUGUGACCAAAACUACGAUAACAUCAAGUAUGCGUUGAUGAUGUAUUUCAGUUACUUUAUUCUGUUUGCACACUUUUUCUAUACAAGCUACGUAGUGAAAAAGCCAGCAGGACACCAUCACCAUACCACAACUGACAAACAAAAAAAGCAUUGAUGAAGGUUAAAUUUAGAAUGACUUAUAUUCCAAUUAAUUGAAUGUGCUCAGGAUUCGUGUAAAAAGAAAAAUGAAAUCCCAUUACCCAGUUAUGACAAUGGAAUUGUGCAAGACGGAAUACCAGUAAGGCUUAAAAAAAAAAUAUGUUCGUUUCGGGUAACCCGACCCUACUUAUAAAAAUGUGCCGACCCUAACUAUUUUUUCCCGUUUCUGAGCAAAAAAAACUUCGUUAGCGAAUAGAGAGUUACAAAGGGCGGAUAAAUGCAGAAUUUAAUCAGAAUUAUUGUUUAUAUAAUGAAACAAAGUCAGGCAAUGACAGUAAUGUAGAAAAGACUGCCAUGUGCAAGAAAACACUCUGAAAUUACGACAGAUUUUGAAAAAAAAAAAUAAAAAAUAAUUAAAAAAUCAAAAAAAAUCCCUACCUACCCUACCUAGAAAUUUUGGGAAGGUUACCCUAAACAAACAAUUUAUUUUUUUGGGCCUAAUUGAAGUAAGGGACUAUAAUCAAGAUGUCUUGUAUCAAGGUUGAGACUGAGAAUGAAUGACAACUUUUUUCUCAUCUUCAAACUGGACAGGAAAAGAAGACAUUAUACUUGUGUCAUUCCAAAGGAUCUUGUACCAAUUAUCUUUUGUGAAACCAAUAUUUUAAAUAGUUGACACAAAGAUAUCCAAUUAAAUGAUAAUUGAGCUAGCAUCUUUAAACACCUAUUUAGUAUAGAGAAUGAGUACUUUUCAGUGGAUUUGAUGUGCACAUGAAAUUUAAUAUCUAUUUCUCAUAAUUUGCAAAGAUUCAGAUUUGAUGUUGAUUUUUGAUAAUUGAAUGAUUAUAACACAUGUAGGAUAUGCACUUGCUAGAUGAAAAAAAUUAGCACUAUUUCACACAGAUUACGGAAUGAACAUAUUUAAUCCUGUAAAUGUUAUUUUGUGAGCCAAGUUUCAUUUGUAUAUAUGAAUUUCAUGAUAUUUAUUAACAAGUAUACACAAUGAUAUCAAUGUUAUUUUUUCAUUGCAUGAGCAUUUCAAUAUUCAAUUUUUGUGUUUGAUUGUGUCACUAUAGCCCAACAGUAUUACUGGUAGUAAAUCUUCAGAUGCAGGCAGGUGUCCUAAUGUAUCAAUUCAUGGCUUGUAAUUGUAUUUCAGCAGCCCUUAAGAAAUCCACAAAGAAAUAAUUUUUAUCAUUAAAAUAUUGUUCAAGGGAUGAGAUUUUGUUGAAAUAUUUCAUAGAUAAGUGUUCUGGUUUGAAUUAGGAUUGAGUACCGCAGCAAGAUAACAGGGUAUAAUACAUACAUGUAUGUACAUGUACCUAAGGUCAAUCAUAGUGCACACAAUGUUAAGUUACUGGUAUACAUGUUCAUUUUUGAAUUUCUAAAGUUAGGUUAGAUUAGACAUUUUAUGUAAAAGGUUACUGUUGUACCAAUAUUUCACUUCCUUAUGCUUGUAUACAAAAAGAGGUUAAAGAAUUGUAAAUUUUAUCACUGUUUUGCUGAAAUUUUGAUCCUAAAAAGGUUUUUAAUUAACUGCCUGGUUAUACAAUUUUUCGAGUAUAGUAUUUGUCCUUUAUGAUGUAAUGAGGUUAUUUAGUAGAACAAGAUUGUCCCGAAAUGAAGUCAAAUUGUGACCGUAUUGUUGACCCAGGUCACUGUGUAUGGUAAUUUUAAAUCUCAUUUCAUGAUUUACGCAUGGAUCAUAUAAUAUCAUGCAAGAGGCACUCGGUGAUAAAGCCUUUCACUUUGGACUCGCUUCUAUUGUGCACUUGUACAUGUUUAACUGCAGGUAAUCUGUGCAUGACAUUGCUUUAUUAAUUGUAGAUGUUACUGAUGAACACAGAUGUGUUUUAAGUUAAAUAGGUAUAAAUUGACUUCGAAUUGAAGCCUUCAAUUCGAAGUCAAUUAAGGUUUUCAAUGCUUUUCUUCACAUUUAUUAUUAUAUUAUGAAAAUAAUUUUGAGAAUGACAUGAUAAUCAUGUACAAAUCAAAGCUUUUUUCCACUACCGUUAAUGCUGUAUGUCAUACCAAAAAAAUCAAAAUAGCCUAUCAUUCAACUUAAAAGUUUUUUCAUCACUCAAAUAGUUACAGUAGCUAUCUGUAAGAUUGAACAUGUGUGGACCUGGGACCAUUUCAUUUUAUUUUUUUGUUUUAUUAAAUCAGACAUUUAGACUGGUUUGAUUUUAACAUUUUACAGUUUUUUUUAAAUGCCAAUGGUGGAGUGUAAAAUGCCAAUGGUGGAGUGUAAAAUGCCAAUGGUGGAGUGUAAAAUCCUGAUGGUGGAGUGUAAAAUGCCAAUGGUGGAGUAUAAAAUCCCAAUGGUGGAGUGUAAAAUGCCAAUGGUGGAGUGUUGUUACUUAGAAUGCAUUUUGAAAAAAAAAAAAUGUUUAGAAAAUGCAAUUAAACAAAUCCACCAGAAAGUGUUUUAAUAAUGAAAGGUUUUUAGUCAAUUGGAUGUAUUUAUGUAUUUAAUAUCGUUGUGUGUAUUUGCAACUGUUUGCACUAUUAAUAUUCUGUAAGAUACCAUUUGAUUGGUAUUGAAAGCACAGUCAUGUAUGUUUGUAUCAUUAACUAUAUCAGAGUCAUUGGCAUAUCUCUUAGUAAUUAUUCACACGACUGGUGUAUGUCUUUAUGAUAAAUGUUUGAAAUCAUUAUCAGAUUGUUGGGUGGUGUGAGCAUAAAAACGAAAAAUUAGAUUUUGAAGGUUAAAUCUUAAGUUGAUACCACUGAUAUCACUCCACAUUUUCAAAAUGAAUGAUAUUUAUCAUGGGGUUUCCAUGCAUUUUGAAACUGCACUAGAAACAAUUUGUAUACAUGUUAUGGUGUGUGAAAGUUUCACGACACAAGCCAGUGCACGUAUAUUCUUAUCAGGUCAUGGAAAUGUCUCUAUAAUUGUCUAUUUUAGUUUGAUAUCAUUUCGUGCACAGUUUCAAUUCCAUUUUAUUUUACCAAGGUGAAGAACUGUUUUUUUAAACAUUUUGCAAUUGUGAUCGUUUCUGGUCUUUAUUGUGCUGGUUUUAUUUUACAUGUUUUAAGUGCUAUCUUAUUUUUCUUAUACUUCCUUUUUCUAAUCUUUCCACCAGGUUUUAUAGGGAGAUGAUUGGAAUGUUUGUAUUAUUGACUGACCAGUUCCUUAUCAGGUUUUUGUAUUUUCAUAUGUUCUUAUUGAUUGUUAAGGUUUGCUAGACUAGGCUUGAUCAAUAUGAAGACAUCUUUUGGGACUGUACUGUACACCUAGUACAUGUGGAUGUUUUAGAAAAUUAAUGGCAAAGUAUGUAUGGAAGUAUUGAUUAUGGUGAACAAAUAUUGAUGUCAAGUAAUAAUGCAAAGAAAUAUAUUUAUUUGUUCACCAUUCCCGACGGAUACUGCCACCUAUGGUUUAUGUUGAAUAAAUAAAUGGCUAAGAUGAUUUGAUGGUGACAAUAAAAUGAUACUGUGUUAGAGUAUAAUCUUACUGUCCAUAGGCCUGUUUCAAUACAGGAUUUUAGUCAUGAUUUCAACAAUUUUAUAUCUGUAAAUUGUCAACAUUUUUAUUUAUUCUUAACUUUGUGCGCUUUUAAUAUCGGAUAAAUUUCAAUUUGCACAAACAUGUUGCAAAAUGAUAAAACUAUGACACUCAAAUAUUUUCCAUGACUUCAGGUGACUUAUAUCAACUAAUAAAUUUAUUUAAACAUGCUCCUGGCUAUUAAACUAAUUUUUAAAUUACAGGAAAUAGAAUACUUUUAAAAUUCUAAAUGAACAUAUGAUAGAAAAACACACAUAAUUUUUAUGCUGUUUUAGAAGAAUUGUUAAACAUUGGCCAGUACAUACUUGAUUCUGUAUUGUUUUAACCAAAGUCUUUCUGCAAAUAUUUUGAAUUACACAACAUGUUAUAGAAAUAUUUUGUGUCACAAAGUGUUAAAAUUUUCGCAUAAACAAAAUUUGUUGAACCCAGCAAGUAGAAAAGAAGCUUUUUAAUAUCUCAAUCCGAUUUAAACCAAAAAUGCAGUACAAAUUUCCUCUUUUGUUUAAGCUGAAUUGGCAAUUUUAUUGAAACUUGUCUGUUCAUCUGACAUUAGGAUAGAAAAAAGAAUCAUUUGAUGUUCAUCUGUCUGGGACUGUUCUUGCUUCAGUUAGAUCAAUGACAUCUUCCAUUCAUGUGAUCAGCUACAUACACUAUGUAACAUAAUAUAGACACCGUUUGUGAUAUAUCUAUUAUGGAAAAUAUUUAACAGAUUUAGAUUGUGUGAUAGUUAUUGGUUGUGAUAUUUUUUCUGACAGUUCCCUGCAUAUGUUCUGAGUCAUUCAUGCAUGUUCAAUUAAGUAAGUUAAGCCAGAUUAUACCAGUAUUAUGUAGUUGUAAGAUUAAUCAUGACCAUGGUUAAACACUGAACUGUCUUUUGUUAUUUAAUUCCAUACAGUCAGAUUUAAACCAAGUAACUUGAUUACGGACAUAUGUUUUAUAACACAUUUGUCUGAAAUCCAGUUGUUCCAUCAAUUUAUAUAAAUAGAUAAAAAUGUCUUUGAAACAUUUGAGGUUUGAUGCAAAGUUAUUAAGCUUUUGUUUUGGUGCAUGCAUUUUUUGUUGCAGAUUUGUUAAAUGUUUGGUUAAUAUUUUAUAAGGCCAGAUGAUGUAAGGUGCAUUAUUGAAAUCCAAAGUCACAUUGAUUCACAUGUGCAUUGUAUGUGUGUGUCCUGUAAUCACAUUGACUCACAUGUGCAUUGUAUGUGUGUGUCCUGCAAUCACAUUGGCUCAUAUAAACAUUGUAUGUCUGUGUUCUGUAAUCAUAUUGACUCACAUGUGCAUUGUAUGUGUGUGUCCUGUAAACACAUUUAAUCACGUAUACAAUGUAUGUGGGUGUCCUGUAAUCACAUUGACUCAUAAUUAUGUACAUUGUAUGUGUGUGUCCUGUAAUCACAUUUGGCUCACAUGUAAAUUGUAUGUGUUACCCACAAGUGCUGCAUGAUUUAAACAAUAAAUGACAGACUUACAGAAUGGCUCCUGUAUAAUCAAUGUUUAUGUCCUAUGAUGUUUACCAUUGUCAAAUUCAAGUAGACUGUGUGUUCUUGUUGGUUUACUUCUGUUCAUGUCAUAAUAACUUGACUGUAAUAUGCCAUGACUGAAUAAACCUUUAAACUUGAACAAUGUUUUAAGGGUAUUACUAUAGCUUGUAUGUAACCUGUUGCUAAAGUAUUGUUGAAUACUUUGUUCAGGAUUGUACCACGGUUAACAUGUUUUAUAUUUGUUAUUGUAUCUUUAUUACGUCUUGUACUGAUGUAUAGUGAUUUAUUUCCUAACACUGUACACAUGGGUAUGAGUACAAAUAAAUUGCAAGUACAAUUAUUAA